AGGGGCCCAAGAAAGGAUCCAGGAUAAAAGCAGCAGCGGGCGUGCCAGGGCGAAUGACAACCUGACCGUGGAGGUAGGAAGUGCACAGCUGAACCUGAACUCUGACUCUGCAGAAGGGAAGGGCGUCCGGCUGAACAGAGCAGAGCUGCUGAGCAGGAGCGGAGCUGGGUGGGGCGCAGGAGGACCCUCCGCUCUUGGAUCCCGCCCCUGCGCGAGCGCCGAGCGCUAGACUCAGAGCCUCCGCUAGACUCAGAGCCUCGUGCCCUCGGACAGCAGUUGCUCACUCGGAUGCAGCGGGUCGGUAGCGGUCUCCCCCAGGGGAGCCAGGUGGCGUCCCGGUCUUCCAGCACAGCCCGCACUGGGCAGAAGAACCAGGUGGCCACGCUGCCGGUGCAGCGGCUCGGGGACGAUGUGUCAGCUGUGCGGAGCAAUGUCCACGUGGAGAACGGUUUCAAGAUGAAGAUGGAUGCCCAGGGCUUUAACCCGGAGGAGCUGGUGGUGCAAGUGGACGGCCAGUGCCUGACGGUGACGGGCCAGCGGCAAAAGGAGCGCUACGGCUCAGAUGGGAGCGGCUACCGCAUGGCGCAGAAGAUGCGCCGCCAAAUGCUACUACCACCGAACCUGGAUCCCGCCGGCAUGACCUGCUGCUUAACACCCUCGGGCCAGCUGUGUAUCCGAGGCCAGUGCGGGGCGCUGCCUUCCGCUGAAGCCCAAACAGGACACUCCUCGAAACUCAAGAGUCACCGCUCUAAGGGUUCCAACUUAGCCUGACCCAAUAAACAACCGCCAGAGUGAGCAGCCGCCUUCGUGUCCGUGGUCUGUUCUUGGGGUUGGGGUCAGAGGUGGAGGUUUGAUGAAGGUAGGGGAAGGCCAGAAAGGCACCUCAAAGUGGUGGUGCUGGGAGAAGCUGGGAGAUGGGGGGUGCGGUGUGGUCCGACUCAGCCCGGCUCUGUUUGGACCGAUAGCUGGGGCUGAGAGCAGCAGCGCCAGCAGGGGGCAGCAGAGAGCCAGCAGGGCCCAAGCGUCCCCUAGUUCCAGAACCAGCAGGGGGCCUACUAGAGACCACGGACCGGAUGGCUUGGACCUGGUGUGAGGCUCUUGUCUCGGCCUUACAAUCAGUCCAAAGUUCCAGGUCAUUGGUGUUACUCUUCAGGGAAGAGGGUAGAGGACCCAGGCCCUCGGUCCUGAUACAGAUUAACCCCAAACCCCAAAGAGCUUGUUUCUGGUGUUUCAGAGACCAACUAUUUUUGUUUGUUUUCUUUUGUGUUUUUUUGUGUGUGUGUAUGUUGUUUUGAUUUGAGACCAAAUAUUUUCAAAUCUAAACUGCACAAUCACCCCAAUACAUUCUAGAGGUGGUCAGGGAGAGGAAAAUGCAGGACCCGCAACUUCAAACUUGAUGAGAUUCAGUUCCAGGUCACUCUUCACUCCCAUGCCAUUAGUACUGGUAACAGUAAGGGCCUCUUUU